AUGAAGGUCUUCGCCAUUACUUCUGUCCUCGCCGCCACGGUCGCGGCUCUGCCGGCCAUGAACCCCAACCCCGUCAUUGAAGCUCGGCAGUUCGGUGGCAGCAGCACUCGCAACGAUCUUUCCGACGGCAACAGCGCUUCCUGCCCCGGCGUCAUCUUCAUCUUUGCUCGUGGCUCUACGGAGACUGGCAAUCUGGGCACUCUCGGCCCAAGAGUGGCUUCUAAGCUGGAGGCGGAAUACGGCUCGGACGGCGUCUGGAUCCAGGGCGUUGGUGGUGCAUACCUCGCCACGCUCGGAGACAACGCUCUCCCCCGUGGAACAUCGACCGCUGCUAUCCAGGAGAUGCUCGGACUCUUUGAGGAUGCCAACACCAAGUGCCCAGAUGCGACUCUUAUCGCUGGCGGAUACAGCCAGGGAGCUGCCCUCGCGGCCGCUAGCAUCACGGAUGUCGACUCCACCAUCCGCGACAAGAUCGCCGGCACUGUGCUCUUUGGGUACACCAAGAACCUGCAGAACGGCGGCAAGAUCCCGGAAUACCCCGCGGAUAGGACCAAGGUGUUCUGCAAUGUCGGGGAUCUCGUUUGCACCGGCUCGUUGAUCGUGGCGGCACCUCAUCUGGCCUACCAGAGCGAUGCCUCGGGUGCGGCGCCCGAGUUCUUGAUCCAGCAGGUUGCUGCUGUUGGCGGUGGUUCCGCAUCUGCUUAG